GUUAUCUAAUCUUUUGUAGGGUUCUUAACAUUUGUUGUGACACGCACAUUAGUCAGUUAGGGGACAGAUUUAUUCAUUUUUACAAGUUAUGGAGUGGCUUUUCGGUUCUAUUAAGAAAACUCCCAAGCCUGAAGUUUAUGUGUCUAACGUGGUAGAAGGUGAUUUCAACGUGGUGUCUUCUUCACAAGAACCAUCAAGACCACCAUACCCACUUUAUCCGACGUUAGGUUCAUCUCGUGGCUAUCCUCAAGCACCAUACCCACCCACUCAUGCAGGAUAUGGUCCUCCACAACCACACUACAGUCAGCAAUACCAAAGUCCUCCCUAUGUUCAACCUACUUCUUCAGCAGCUCCUGUUGAUAAACCUGUCAAUCCUCUGGAUUCCAUACCAUUCAAAAUUACAUUCCUCGAUUCUAAUACUUUGCCUGUUAAUGAGUACCAAUUGAAAUCGAUUAAGAACCAACUUGAUGGAGUUUCAAAUAGAAUAAACUCUGAUACGUAUAAUUAUUCAUUUGAACUUGAAAGAUCGGUUCUAAGUGAAGCAAAUUAUUAAUAAAUUAACAAGUUCCUAAAUAUGGCUCAUUAUUGCACAUUACAGUUAAAUAGGGACUGUUAAGGAUUCGUGUAUAUUUAACCUGAAGGUAUAUUUUAAUAUUAAAAUAUAAAAAUUGUUUUCAAUGUUACAGUUCCCAUCAGCUGUAUUGUUCAAUUUUUAUUUCUAUUAUUAAUACGUAUAUAUUUCUCUAAAUUUAUUUAUUUUUUUAAUCUGCUAUAAAAGCUAUAUUUUGUAUAUAUUAACUAAUUUUAUACAGUUAUUGUUAAUUGUUUAUACUUACAUAGUAUUGUUUGAAUAGUUAAACAUUUUAAAUCCUUGGUAAUUAUGAGGAUACUUAAAAAACGACUCUUAUUUUUUGAAUUAAUAAUUACUGCAUAACAUUUAAUCUUUUUGUCUAUAUUUAUAUAAAAUCUUUUCGUUUAUGUUAAAAGUUGAAAAUGUUAUUGUUGCGAACAAAUAUGGCAUGAAUGAAAUGAGGCUAUCAGAGGUGAGUAGAUAAUUCACUUAAUUAGUCAGAAAUGUUAAUUUAGGAGCCAAAAUAAUGUAAAAAGUUAUGUGAUAACUGUGAAUCUACUGGUUGAUUUCUUGUAUUUUAUGAAUGAUAUAAUUUUUUUUUUUUUUUUUCUUGUAC